AUGAUAUACCAAACCCCUAUUGCCAAGCUCAAGUAUGAGGUCUGGGGUCCGAGCUACCAGGCAUGGUCUAUUGCGGCCCAGAUGCAUCAUUCCUUACUCGAGAACAUCGAGAAUGAUGCACUAGAUCUAUACAAGUUUGAGAAGCCGUGGACAAUGUACGGAGACCGCAUCAGGAUCAAUUUCAUGUGCGUCUAUGCCGAUGACAUCCUAGAUACCGACCCUGAGCACUGGCCUAAGUGUCGAGGUGACGAGGACAUGAUUGUUCUUGAUCUUCCCAAGAACACCAAGGAGGCCUAG